AUGGCGGAGACACAGAGAGCAGGCAAGCCUAAGGCACAGGGCAGCCCCCCAGUCACUGAAGAUCGACUGAAAGCCCUCCUUGAUGAUCUACGCCGACAUAUCGCGGCAGAAAUCAACUCAUUCAAAGAGGAAAUCCACGGGGUGUCAGUGAGACUGCAUGACACAGAAAUCAGCACAGCAGCACAUGAGGCCCACAUUAAUAGCCUGGAGACCGAGCUGACAAAGACCAAAAACGACCUGACCCAAACCCAGCACCAAGUUGCAGCUAUGGAAGAUCGCAGGCGAUGGAAUAAUGUAAAAAUAAAGGGCCUGUCUGAGAGCGUUACAAUGGCAGAAAUCCCCCACCUCAUUCGACGACUGCUAUCCAGCCUAUUUGCUCCAAAAUAA